AUGCCAUCGUCCACUCUGUCCUGCAGACCUUUUGAUCUAAGGCAGCGGCUCUCCAGGUGUGGUCCAGGAGCUGGUUACCUGAAACCCCCUUCUUGGAAGCAACUUUGUCUACUCUUCACUGUGAGAGGCUCCCAGUAAUUGGCUCAUCCUGGGCAAGAGAAUGCACAUGUCCUAAGCUGCCAACAUACUUCCCCAUAUGCGAUGAGUCAGUACAAACACGUGGGCAGGGCUGAAGAACUCCAGGAACUUCAACUGUAGUGGCCCAGCCAGGCACAGUGCCUCUUAGCCCAAGACAAAAAUGUUAAGCCAAUGGCUCCAGCAGCUUCCAACCAUGAAACUAAGGACCAGUG